ACACGUGUCCUGAUCUUAGGUUGUUUAUGUCUUAAAAACCGUUUGUAUUUAUAUAUAAAAAGUCCCACUCUCCUCUCCCGCCUUUAGCUCUUUCGUUCUAGCAACUCCGCUCUUAUUUCUAUGCCACAAACAUUCAUUCCUUCACUUGCGUUGAUUUGGUUUUUACGUUUACAUUCUUAAUUUUUAUUCUUUAGCUUUGUUGGAUUGGAAUGAGAGACGGAGGAAGUACAAUGUUUGCUGAAUCUAACGGUAUGAAUCAAAGGUCGAGUUUUGGCGGCAUAUUGCACUCAGAUCCAAAUCUAUCUUCAACUACACACAACGAUGAUGAUUUUAAUGUCCGUCCUAGCAGUGCUUCCGCAGUUACUCAAUCCUUUUAUGACGCCUCUCGGAUGAGCUGCGAGGGUUCACCCAUGCAAAUGUCUCCAUGGAACCAAACCUCACCCUUUCAAAAUUCUCCAUGGACCCAUUCCGAUGACAACCUUCAGCAAGACGGUCUCAUCGGCUCCCUUAUACGUGAAGAAGGUCAUAUUUAUUCCUUGGCUGCAACCAAAGACCUCUUAUACACCGGUUCUGAUAGCAAGAACAUUCGUGUUUGGAAAAAUCUUAAAGAAUUUUGUGGUUUCAAAGCAAGUAGUGGUCUUGUUAAGGCCAUAGUUAUCUCCGGUGAAAAGAUUUUUACAGGUCACCAAGAUGGUAAGAUUCGUGUAUGGAAAGUCUCUCCAAAGAACCAAAGUGUCCACAAGCGAGCCGGCACGUUACCAACCUUGAAGGACAUAUUCAAGAGCUCCAUCAAACCAAGCAAUUACGUUGAAGUGAGACGUCGUCGUACUUCACUCUGGAUCAAACACUCUGAUGCGGUAUCGUGUAUGAGCUUGGAUGAAGAUAGUGGCCUCUUGUACACGGCCUCAUGGGAAAGAACCUUCAAAGUAUGGAGAAUUUCAGAUUCAAAAUGCCUAGAAUCAGUCAAUGCUCACGACGACGCUGUUAACUCAGUGAUUUCGAGCUCUGAAGGUACCAUCUUUACCGGUUCAGCCGAUGGCACCGUCAAAGUAUGGAUAAGGGAACAACAUGGUAAAGGAACAAAGCACGCCCUUUCCCGUACAUUACUAAAACAAGAAUGUGCGGUAACGGCUUUGGCAGUGAAUACCUCAAAGUCCAUCGUGUAUUGUGGGUCCAGUGAUGGUCUGGUCAACUUUUGGGAACGUGAGAACCGGUUAUGUCAUGGUGGGGUCCUUAAAGGCCACAAGCUUGCUGUUCUAUGUCUAAUGGCUGCAGGGAAAUUGGUGUUCAGCGGAUCAGCGGAUAAGACUAUAUGCGUGUGGAGGAGAGAUGGUACGAUUCACACGUGUCUCUCAGUGCUGACGGGGCACACUGGACCGGUGAAGUGCUUGGCAGCUGAGGAGGAUCGUGAAUCAUCGAGUCGAAGUCAACGUUGGAUUGUGUACAGUGGGAGUCUUGAUAAAUCUGUUAAGGUUUGGGGGGUAUCUGAGAUGGCUCCUGAUAUGGCUAAGAUUCUGCAGCAGCAGCAAAUGUCAUGAUUUUCAUGGGCACCCUAUCGUGCAAUGGGAGCUAAUCUAGCCCGAACAAGAGGUAAAGGUACAUAUCCCAAGAACUCUGGGAUUUGAAAUCUUGGUAGUCUUUUAUCCCACGGCUUCUUAUCGUUAGAAACGUGUAUUUAAAUAUGCAAUUUCAAAGCGAGGAUGGGGACAAAUCUUUUGUUGUUGGUUUUUAUAUUAUAUUAUCGGGGUCUGUAUAUGCUGGGCUAGAGGUAGUUUUUUUUUUUUUUUGGUUUGGCUACAACGUGGGAA